UUCUUCCCAGAGUACCAAGAGCUUACCACAGAGGAGAGAGCCCACGCAGGGCGCAUUGUGUGGAGAUCAGCCCCUAGCGACCGUGUUAUAAGGAAUUGAAAACGAAGCACCCGUCUUGGCAAAAAUAUUGCUCGUGACAGGCGUUGCAUGCGCAAUGAACGGUUUUGCUGUUGAUUCCAAGUAGCCUACAGUAUAGAAUGAGUCCGCGUCAUUCCCUGACAUCUUCCUUCGAGAGAGGGCUGGAAUCUCAGUUCCCUGCAACCGUCAGCCUUGGAAGGAGGAGCCUCUAAAACGGAGACAGGCUGCUGUGGAAAGAGGAUUGUUGACCCUCCCCACCCUGCUCAUUCCCUGAGGACCCGCCCUGUUGCUGGUUGGGUGUCGCUCCUCGCUCUGCCUGGUGGUGGCCCUUAGGAGUUUUGAGUCUUAUGAACGUGCACCUACACACACCCGGUGUGUACAGAGUGCUAUAGUGCAGCAGCCAUGACGAACGCAGUGAUGGGCGGUAGCUCGGACCGCUGGGUACCCAACGACAGGCAGAGGAGCAUGCAUGCCAAUGACAAGGAACAGGGUAACUGGACUAACCAGGUCAGGUCUGGUCCCGGCGCUCCGGACCUGACUGACGAGGAGAAGGAGAUCAUUAACGGUGUGAUCGCCCGUGCUGAGAAGAUGGAGGCCAUGGAGCAGGAGAGAAUUGGGCGCCUGGUGAACCGUCUAGAUGACAUGAAGAAGACGGUGUGUGGGGACGGGGUGAACCGCUGUCUGCUGUGUGGGGAGCAGCUGGGUGUUCCAGGGGUCAGCUCAGUGGUUUGUGAGGACUGCAAAAAGCACAUGUGCACCAAGUGUGGAGUGCAGAGUGGGAGCCGGCCGUGCUCUGUGUGGCUCUGCAAGAUCUGCAGCGAACAGCGAGAGGUGUGGAAGCGAUCUGGUGCCUGGUUCUUUAAAGGCUUCCCCAAGCAGUUCCUGCCCUCGCCCAUGCCCAUCUCCAAGUCCAGAGAGUCAAGCGCCCAGCGGGCCUCAGAACCCCAGGAGCCAGCAGCCUCUGACCACAGGGCUGCUGGUGAUCAGCCCCAGCCACAGGCACAGGCACAGGCCAGAGGACCAGAGGCACAGGGGCGCGCUGGCAAACCACCUGUGGCCCAUAAGCCGACAGAGGUUCGCUUUGCCGCUGGUGGGGCUAGUCCUGGCUACUCUGAGGGAGGUGCCCAGAACAGCCCAGUGGUGCUGCAGAAGGCUGUUACAGUCCAGAGCUCCAGGCCCCCUUCAGCAGCAUCAGCUAAUCAGGCUCCACUGGAGAUGGAGGGAGGUGGCUACUCCACUAUCACUGCUCCAGAGGAGGAUAGAGUGACUCCUGCAGUGCGGGAGGAGAAGAGACAGCCUGCCUCCUACAACUCCCCUCCUGCUCCACAACAAGCCCCCCCACCUGAGGAGGAGGAGGAUGCAAACAGCUGUGACUCGGAUGAGGCCACCACUCUUGGCGCGCUGGAGUUCAGCUUGCUUUAUGAGCAGGAGAACAACAGUCUCCACUGCAGCAUCCUUAAAGCCAAGGGACUGAAGCCCAUGGACUCCAAUGGACUGGCUGAUCCAUAUGUCAAGCUGCAUCUGCUGCCAGGGGCCAGUAAGUCCACCAAGUUACGCACCAAAACCCUGAGAAACACCCGUAACCCAGCCUGGAACGAGACCCUGGUCUACCACGGACUCACAGAUGAGGACAUGCAGCGCAAGACUCUCAGGAUCUCUGUCUGUGAUGAGGACAAGUUUGGACAUAAUGAGUUUAUUGGAGAAACUCGCGUUGCACUGAAGAAACUGAAGAUCAAUCAGAAGAAAAACUUCAACGUGUGUCUAGAGAGAGUUGUCCCUACAAAGAAGACCGCAACAGCUGGAGGGGCUCGAGGCAUUUCGCUCUAUGAGGAUGAGGGUGGAAAGGAGGGUGGAGAUGUGGAGGAGCGUGGUCGUAUCCUUAUCUCCCUCGUGUACAGCACCCAGCAGAACCGCCUGCUUGUGGGUGUGGUGCGCUGCGUUCACCUGGCCUCCAUGGACGCCAAUGGAUACUCUGACCCAUUCGUCGAAAUAUGCCUGAAACCUGAUAUGGGGAAGAAGGCCAAGAACAAAACAAAUAUCAAGAAGAAAACCCUGAACCCAGAGUACAACGAGGAAUUUAGCUAUGACAUCAAGCACAGCGACCUGGCUAAGAAGACCCUGGACAUCUCAGUGUGGGACUACGACAUUGGGAAAUCCAACGAUUACAUCGGUGGGUGUCAGCUGGGCAUCACAGCCAAAGGGGAGCAGCUGAAGCACUGGUAUGAGUGCCUGAAGAACAAGGACAAGAAGAUAGAGCGCUGGCACACCCUGUUGAAUGAGAAUCCUGUCAACAGCAACUAACCCCCACCUUGCAUGAGCUAAGUCCUCUCCCUCUAUACUCAGCCCCCUCUCCUCUCUCACAUUACCCUGUCUAACCUCCCUCCACACCUCCCCAAGAACCUUCAUUUUAGUUUUAGUUUUAUUGUACUUACCGGUAGUCUUCCUGUCUGGCUGUCUUCAUUCUUUCAUGCCCUCAACCCAACCCACCACAUGCACCCUUCCCAUCCUCCCCUGUUUUCCCAGGUGUGAUAUUCCCUUCUCCAAUCUCUCCCCCUUUACUGAGACUUAUCUGCCAAGUGGACUCCCCAAGAGGCAAAACAUGGUAUACUUUAAAAUCAUCCUUCAAAAUCAACAAUUUAAGGCAAAAAAUUAUGUUAAUGUUUGACAUUGAAGUAUACAGUUGCAUUGAGACGAUCAUGCCUGUUGAAGGUGUUAUUGAACUUGACACAUCCCAAACUAAAUAAAAAUACAUUUGAAAUGCACUCGCACAAAAGACGACGAAGCAAUAUGUUAUGGCAUUCUAUGUGGGAUAACAUCUGCAGCACCCAUUGAACAAUGAAGUUCAUUAGACUGGCAGGUUGUAAUCCUUGAUUUCUGGUAAAAUGACACCAUCGGUAUUAUUACCACUUAUAUGAGAACGCAAAACCACAUGAAAACACUCUGAGGACACACAGCUGUUUAUUUAAUGAUAUCUAAUUAAUAUUAUGGCAUUGUCAUGAAGAAGUUUCACAUGUUGCUGAUCUUCUGAAAUUGAGGAUAAACAUAUUCUGGACUAUGAAAAAGGGCAUGAUUCACAAAUCAAUUCAAUGACAUUUAGUAUGGAGAGUAUAUUUCUUAGUUUAAUGUAUUACAUACUAAAAUUAAUAGGCAAUUUAAGUGACUCAUAUUUAUUAAUUUCAGUAUCAGUUUAAAGAUUUUGAAUGAUAGCACUCCUGGUAGAACAAAAUGUACUCACUUUCUGUCAAGUGUUCACUUUUAGUCCUUAUUUGAGUGCUGUUUAUAGCACCCUGGUCUCAUUAACUAGACUUAACAUAGUACAUGUAAAUCCAGGACACUCAAAUUAGCAUGAUAUGGUACGUUUGGCAUGGUUACAUAAGACAGAUGGUUACUUAAGGUAGAGUGGGGUGGGUCAGCGUAUACCACAAAUGCCUAGCAACCCAAAGGUUGCGAGUUUGAAUCUCAUCAUGGACAACUUUAACAUUUUAGCUAAUUAGCAACUUUUCAA